AUGCAGCGACCCAUUCACAAGCAUGCCGACGAGGAUGGUCACUUCCGCCGACCAGCUAGUGCCUUUAGAAACUUCAUUUCCGAUGAGCCGGGCUCCAGAUUUCCUCCGGAGAAGGAUAGAUACGUUUUGUAUGUGAACUAUGGAUGUCCCUGGGCACACCGCACCAUCCUCGUUCGCGCGCUUAAGAGCCUUGAACCCAUCAUCGAGCUGGUUGUGACUGACUUUGACCUCACCGAGAAUGGCUGGCUUUUCACCGGCCGCAAUGGCUCUCCCACCGCCGAACCUCUCUAUGGCUUUACGAACCUCAAGCAACUAUACUUGAAAGCCGACCCUAACUACAAAGGCCGCUACACAGUCCCUACCCUUUGGGACAAGAAGCAACACACCAUUGUUAAUAAUGAAUCCUCCGAAAUCAUUCGCAUGUUCUACACCACGUUCGACUCCUUUCUCGACCCGCAGCAUCGCGAAGUCAACAAGCUUGGGGGUGGGUUCUAUCCGGAAGGCCUUCGAUCCGAGAUUGAUGCCAUGAAUGACUGGGUCUACAACACUAUCAACAAUGGCGUCUACAAGGUCGGCUUCGCCACCACCCAGGAGGCAUACGAUGCCAACAUCUACCCUCUUUUCUCGUCUCUGGACCGCAUUGAGAAGCAUCUCGCAAACCCUGCGCACCAGCCUUUUCUCUUCGGGGAGCAUCUCACCGAGGCCGAUGUCAGACUCUACACGACGAUGAUCCGCUUCGAUGCCGCCUAUGUGACCAUCUUCCAGUGCAACCUCCGCGACAUCCGUCACGGCUAUCCACGCAUCAGCCGUUGGCUGCGUAAUAUCUAUUGGGACCAAACCGACCGCACCAACAACGGUGUGUUCAAAAAGACCUCCUUUUUCGAAAUCUACAAAUACGGCUACUACAAAGCCAAACACCGUCAACUCUACGGCGGCUCAGACCUCGGGUGGAACGUAGUGCUUCCCCGUGGCCCCGUGCCAGAUAUCGAGCCGCUCACGGACGAAGAGGAAGCUCAGAUCAGCGGCGGCACAGUCUCAUCGCCUACCAAUGGAGCGCCUACCGGCAUAAUAGCUGGGAUGAGCAUCAACGAGGCUGCGGCAGCGGAUUUGGGUGACGAGGAUAUGAGUCCGAAGCAGAGGCUUGAAAGGGCCACCACGCAUGGCGAUGAGAACAAGAAGUGGUACAAGGCUGCGAAGAAGGCGGAGAAGCAGGCUGGCGCGGCGAACAUGCAUUUGGCGCUGUAG